AACAAAAAGUCAUCAAUAUGACAUAUGUAUUCCGAGUUCUAACCUGUUACCUACUUGUGAACUUCGUUGUUAUAAACGCACAAGCUGAUGUUUCUACUACAACAUGUACACAUGAUGAUAACUGUACCAGCAAUGCAAGUUGUUCAGACGGUAGCUGCAGUUGUGAUACAGGGUAUACUGAAAAUGGGAAUGUUUGCGAAGAAACAGAAGAUAGUUCUACAAAUGUCACAACAAUACAAACAAGUACCACAACAACAACGCCUACAAAUAGCAAUACAGCGGCUACAAAUAGUGUUACAACUACUACAACUGCGACAAAUAGUGCUAUAAUUACUACAACGCCGACAAAUAGUGCUAUAAUUACUGCAACGCCGACUAUAAUUACUGCAACGCCUACAAAUAGUGCUAUGAUUACUACAACGCCGACAAAUAGUGCUAUAAUUACUGCAACGCCUACAAAUAGUGCUAUAAUUACUACAACGCCGACAAAUAGUGCUAUAACUACUGCAACGCCAACAAAUAGUGCUAUAAUUGAUACAACGCCUUCAUAUAGUGCUAUAAUUACUGCAACGCCUACAAAUAGUGCUAUGAUUACUACAAUGCCGACAAAUAGUGCCAUAAUAACUGCAACGCCUACAAAUAGUGCUAUAAUUACUACAACGCCGACAAAUAGUGCUAUAAUUACUGCAACGCUUACAAAUAGUUCUAUAAUUACUACAACGCCGACAAAUAGUGCUAUAACUACUGCAACGUCGACAAAUAGUGCUAUAAUUACUGCAACGCCUACAAAUAGUGCUAUAAUUACUACAACGCCGACAAAUAGUGCUAUAACUACUGCAACGCCUACAAAUAGUGCUAUAAUUGAUACAACGCCUACAUAUAGUGCUAUAAUUACUGCAACGCCUACAAAUAGUGCUAUAAUUGAUACAACGCCUACAAAUAGUGCUUUAAUUACUGCAUCGCCUACAAAUAGUGCUAUAACUACUGCAACGCUUACAAAUAGUGCUAUAAUUGAUACAACGCCUACAAAUAGUGCUAUAAUUACUACAUCACCGACAAAUAGUGCUAUAAUUACUGCAACGCCUACAAAUAGUGCUAUAAUUACUAUAACGCCGACAAAUAGUGCUAUAACUACUGCAACGCCUACAAAUAGUGCUAUAAUUACUACAACACCGACGAAUAGUGCUAUAACUACUGCAACGCCAACAAAUAGUGCUAUAAGUACUACAACACCGACGAAUAGUGCUAUAAUUACUGCAACGCCGACAAAUAGUGCUAUAAUCACUGCAACGCAGACAAAUAGUCCUAUAAUUACUACAACGCCGAUAAAUAGUGCUAUAAUUGAUACAACGCCAACAAAUAGUGCUAUAAGUACUACAACACCGACGAAUAGUGCUAUAAUUACUACAACGCCGACAAAUAGUGCUAUAAUUACUGCAACGCCGACAAAUAGUGCUAUAAUUACUACAACGCCGAUAAAUAGUGCUAUAAUUGAUACAACGCCAACAAAUAGUGCUAUAAUUACUACAACACCGACAAAUAGUGCUUUAAUUACUGCAACGCCGACAAAUAGUGCUAUAAUUACUGCAACGCCAACAAAUAGUGCUAUAAUUACUACAACACCGACAAAUAGUGCUAUAAUUGAUACAACGCCUACAUAUAGUGCUAUCACUACAUGGCCUACAUAUAGUGCUUCAACUUCUACAACACCUACAUAUUAUCCUACAACUAUAUUGCCUUCAAAUAGUGUAACCAUUACUGCAACGCCAACAAAUAGUGCUAUAAUUACUACAACACCAACAAAUAGUACUAUAAUUGAUACAACGCCUACAUAUAGUACUACCAGUUCAACUUCUACAACACCUACAUAUUAUCCUACAACUACAUUGCCUACAAAUAGUGUUACCAUUUCUGCAACGCCAACAAAUAGUGCUACCACUACUGCAACACCUAUAUUUAAUAUUACCACUACAUGGCCUACAAAUGGUGCUACCACUACUACAACGCCUAUAUAUAGUACGACCACUACAUUGCCUACAAAUAGUUCUACAACUUCUACAACGCUUACAUAUAAUGCUACAACUACAUUGCCUACAAAUAGUGCUACCACUACUACAACACCCAUAUUUAAUACUACCACUACAUGGCCUACAAAUGGUGCUACCACUACUACAACGCCUAUAUAUAGUACGACCACUACAUUGCCUACAAAUAGUUCUACAACUUCUACAACGCCUACAUAUAAUGCUACAACUACAUUGCCUACAAAUAGUGUUACCAUUACUACAACGCCUACAAGUAGUGCUACCACUACUACAACACCUAUAUAUAGUUCAACCACUUCAUGGCCUACAAAUAGUGCUACAAUUACAACAACGCCGACAAAUAGUACUAUUACAACAAUGCCGGAAAAUAGUGCUACAACCACUACAAUGUCUACAAGUACUGUUAAAACUACUUCAACGCCUAUAUAUAGUGCUAUCACUACAUGGCCUACAUAUAGUUCUUCAACUUCUACAACACCUACAUAUUAUCCUACAACUAUAUUGCCUACAAAUAGUGUUACAAUUACUGCAACGCCAACAAAUAGUGAUAUAAUUACUACAACACCGACAAAUAGUGCUAUAAUUACUGCAACGCCAGCAAAUAGUGCUAUAAUUACUGCAACGCCAUCAAAUAGUGCUAUAAUUACUACAACACCGACAAAUAGUGCUAUAAUUACUGCAACGCCAUCAAAUAGUGCUAUAAUUACUACAACGCCUACAAAUAGUGCUAUAAUUACUGCAACGCCAUCAAAUAGUGCUAUAAUUACUACAACACCGACAAAUAGUGCUAUAAUUGAUACAACGCCUACAUAUAGUGCUAUCACUACAUGGCCUACAUAUAGUGCUUCAACUUCUACAACACCUACAUAUUAUCCUACAACUAUAUUGCCUUCAAAUAGUGUUGCCAUUACUGCAACGCCAACAAAUAGUGCUAUAAUUACUACAACAUCGACACAUAGUGCUAUAAUUGAUACAACGCCUACAUAUAGUACUACCAGUUCAACUUCUACAACACCUACAUAUUAUCCUACAACUAUAUUGCCUACAAAUAGUGUUACCAAUACUGCAACGUCAACAAAUAGUGCUACCACUACUACAACGCCUAUAUAUAGUACGACCACUACAUGGCCUACAAAUAGUGCUACAACUUCUACAACGCCUACAUAUAAUGCUACAACUAUAUUGCCUACAAAUAGUGUUACCAUUACUACAACGCCUACAAAUAGUGCUACCACUACUACAACACCUAUAUAUAGUUCAACCACUUCACUGCCUACAAAUAGUGCUACAAUUACAACAAUGCCUACAAAUAGUGCAAUAACAACUACAACGUCUGUAUAUAGUACUACUAAUACCUUGCCCACAUUUAAUGCUACAACAACUACAACAACACCUACAAAUAGUGCUACAACUUUUAUAACGCCUACAUAUAGUACUACCACUACAUGGCCUACAAAUAGUGCAAUAACAACUACAACGUCUGUAUAUAGUACUUCCAAUACCUUGCCCACAUUUAAUGCUUCAACAACUACAACACCUACAAAUAGUGCUAAAACUUUUAUUACGCCUACAUAUAGUACUACCACUACAUGGCCUACAAAUAGUGCUACAACUACAACAACGCGGAAAAAUAGUUAUACAACUACUACAACGCUGACAAAUAGUUAUACAACUACUACAACGCCGACAAAUAGUUAUACAACUACUACAACGCCGACAAAUAGUUAUACAACUACAACAACGCCGAGAAAUAGUUAUACAAUUACAACAACGCCGACAAAUAGUUAUACAACUACUACAACGCCGACAAAUAGUUAUACAACUACUACAACGCCGACAAAUAGCACUACCACUGCUACAACAACUAUAUAUAGUACAACCAGUACAACACCUACAUACAGUACUGCCACUACAUGGCCUACAAAUAGUGCUAUUACUUCAACAACGCCGACAAAUAGUACUACAACUACACCAACUCCGACAAAUAGUGCUACUACUACUACAACGCCGACAAAUAGUGCUAUAACUACUACAACGCCUACAGAUAGUGCUAUAAUUACUACAACGCCUACAAAUAGUGCUAUAAUUACUACAACGCCUACAAAUAGUGCUACAACUACUACAACGGCUACGCAUAGUGCCUCAACUGCAACAACGCCUAUACAUAGUGCUACAACUACUACAACGCCGAUAAAUAGUGCUAUAAUUACUAAAACGCCGACAAAAAUUGCAUCUUUUUCUACAACUCCUACAAAUAGUGCUACAACUACUACCACGCCUAGACAUAGUACUACCAGUACAGAGCCUACAUAUAGUACUACAUCUUUUAUAACGUCUACAUAUAUUACUACCACUACCACGCCUACAAAUAGUUUUACAACUCCCACAUAUAGUUCUACAACUAUUACAACCCCUACACAUAGAAUUAGCACUACAACGUUUAAACAUAGUGCUACAACUACUACACCUCCUACAUAUAGUGCUAUUACCACCAAUACGCCAACAAAUAGUGUUAAAAAUACUACAACGCCUACAUAUAGUUUUACCUCUACAACGCCGACAUAUAGUUCUACAACUACUGCAACGCCGAUUUAUAGUACUGCCACUUCAUGGCCGACAUAUAGUGUAACAGCUACUACAACACUUUCCAGUAGUGCUACCACUACAACGCCUACAUAUAGUACUACAACUUCUACAACGCCUUUGUAUAGUAAUACUACUACACGGCCUUCAUAUAGUGCUACAACAACUUCAACGCCUACCAAUAGUGCUCUUACUACUACAACGCCGACAAACAGUGCUAUAAUUUCUACAACGCCUACAAAAAGUGCUAUAAUUACUACAACGCCUACACAUAAUACUACCAUAACAACGCCUAUAUAUAGUACUGCCACUACUACAACGCCGACAAAAAGUGCUUCAACUGCUACAACGCCUGCCAAUAGUGCCUCCACUUCUACAACGUCUAUAUAUAUUACUACCACUACAUGGCCUACAGAUAGUGCUACAACUACUAGAACGCCUAUAUAUAGUACUACCACAACAUGGCCUACAAAUAGUGCUACAACAACUACAACGCCGACAAAUAAUGCUACAAGUACUAGAAUGCCGACAAAUAGUGCUAUAAUUACUACAACGCCGACAAAUAGUGCUGAUAUUACUACAACGCCUACAAAUAGUGCUACAUCUGCUACAGCGUCUAUAUAUAGUACUUCCAAUACAUUGACUACAAAUAGUGCUACAACUACUACAACGAGAACAAAUGCUGUUACAACUAAUACAACGAUUACAUAUAUAACUACCACUACAUGGGCUACAAAUAGUGCUUUUACUUCAGCAACGCCUACAAAUGGUGCUACAACUACUACAACGCCUAUAUAUAGUACUACCACUUCGUGGCCUACAUAUAGUACUAUCACUACUACAACGCCUAUAUAUAGUACUACCAUUACUACAACGCCUACAAAUAGUGCUACAACUACAUCACCCAGAAAUAAUGUCACUACUACAACACCUACAAAUAUCUGUCCGAGUGGUAAUUACGGUGAAAACUGCACAGAAACCUGUACCUGUGACAAUGACAACACCGUGUCAUGUGACCCUGUCAACGGAACGUGCAACUGUUCCGAAGGAUGGAGUGGAGUUAGAUGUCAAGAUGACAUUAAUGAAUGCAAUACUACCACGUGCCCGGACAAUUCGAAAUGUUUCAAUACUGAAGGAUCAUUCUACUGCAAAUGUGACGGAGGUUAUUUCACGACCAGUGAUGGAACUUGUCAAGUCUGUCCGAGUGGUAAUUACGGUGAAAACUGCACAGAAACCUGUACCUGUGACAUUGACAACACCGUGUCAUGUGACCCUGUCAACGGAACGUGCUACUGUUCCGAAGGAUGGAGUGGAGUUAGAUGUCAAGAUGACAUUAAUGAAUGCAAUACUACCACGUGCCCGGACAAUUCGAAAUGUUUCAAUACUGAAGGAUCAUUCUACUGCAAAUGUGACGGAGGUUAUUUCACGACCAGUGAUGGAACUUGUCAAGUCUGUCCGAGUGGUAAUUACGGUGAAAACUGCACAGAAACCUGUACCUGUGACAUUGACAACACCGUGUCAUGUGACCCUGUCAACGGAACGUGCAACUGUUCCGAAGGAUGGAGUGGAGUUAGAUGUCAAGAUGACAUUAAUGAAUGCAAUACUACCACGUGCCCGGACAAUUCGAAAUGUUUCAAUACUGAAGGAUCAUUCUACUGCAAAUGUGACGGAGGUUAUUUCACGACCAGUGAUGGAACUUGUCAAGUCUGUCCGAGUGGUAAUUACGGUGAAAACUGCACAGAAACCUGUACCUGUGACAUUGACAACACCGUGUCAUGUGACCCUGUCAACGGAACGUGCAACUGUUCCGAAGGAUGGAGUGGAGUUAGAUGUCAAGAUGACAUUAAUGAAUGCAAUACUACCACGUGCCCGGACAAUUCGAAAUGUUUCAAUACUGAAGGAUCAUUCUACUGCAAAUGUGACGGAGGUUAUUUCACGACCAGUGAUGGAACUUGUCAAGUCUGUCCGAGUGGUAAUUACGGUGAAAACUGCGCAGAAACCUGUACCUGUGACAUUGACAACACCGUGUCAUGUGACCCAGUCAACGGAAUGUGCAACUGUUCCGAAGGAUGGAGUGGAGUUAGAUGUCAAGAUGACAUUAAUGAAUGCAAUACUACCACGUGUCCGGAUAACUCGAAAUGUACCAAUACUGAAGGGUCUUUCUACUGCAAAUGUGACGUAGGUUAUUUCACGACCAGUGAUGGAACUUGUCAAGGUUUGUAUUUGAGUUAUGGUGAAGUAGAAGGAGACGACAGUAUGACUGGAACAGAUGACGGAUGUAACGCUGUAAUACGACCGUCCUUUGCUGUCCCGUUCAGACAGGCAAGAUAUAGAACGAUCUACGUAUGUGCUAAUGGGCUCGUGUGUUUCAACAGACGUUAUCAAAGUUACACAAUUCCAGUAAACCGACAAUACACACCUGAUUUAGUUGGUAUUUAUUGUCUGGCUCCCUACUUCACAGAUUUGGAUUUGAGAAGCUCGGGUUCAGUGUGGUACCAGGCAUAUACCAUGUCAUCAGACGCUGAAAAUAUCAGAGAAUCCAUGAAAAAUCUUGUAAAUGAAACAUACUCUAUACAAAUAACACCGAGUUUCAUUUUCAAAGCAACUUGGAAGGAGGUCCCUUUAUAUGGUGGACCUAGGCACGAG